AUGUUACAGCCUCGGAUCAUUGGCAACAAACAUUAUGAAACUUCACAAAGAGUUAAGGAAACUUUACAAUGUUACAAAGAACUUCAGGACAUUAUCGCAAUUCUUGUCUUGGAUGAAUUAUCAGAAGAGGAUCGUUUAACUGUAGCAAGAGCAAGAAAAAAUGAGCGUUUCUUAUCACAACCGUUGUUUAUGGCAGAAGUUUUUACUUGUUCUCCAGGAAAUGGCCAAAUUGGCGUAUUACCAACUCACGCCCCCGUUAACAUAGCAGUAGAUAUGGGUCCUUUGAGAAUAGACAUCCUCAACGACCAAUGGUUAGUAGCGGUUCUGUGGAGCGGUUUUGCGAGAAUAGUUAAUAAUGAGAUCAUCAUUGUAGGAAAUGAUGCGGAUUUGGGUAGUGAUAUUGAUCCGGAAGAAGCUCAAAAGGCACUUGAAUUAGCCGAAGCUAACUUGAGUAAAGCUCUGGGUGCGAAAGAUUUGGUUGAAGCGAAUCUCGCUCUCAGACGAGCUAGGAUACGAAUCGAGGAGUAG